UAUACUAAUUCAUAGCAGUGUUGUACAGUGUCUAUUGAUUGAUAUCUCAUUAGCUGAGCAAUUGCAAAGGAUGGGAAAGACUAAGAAGGCUACAAAUAAACUUCCUAGCAAGCUUGGACGCCUGUUUUCCCGUCGCCAAAAAGCUGAUGUUGAGAUUGAGCAAGAAGAAGACCAGGAAGAGCUUGUCCAAGAGACCUACAGAGCUGUAGGUAGAGUGAACUCUAAGCAGUUGCAAGAUGGACAGGCCUGGGAUGUCAAGUACUUGGGUUGUAUCCCAAACGUGGACAGCUGGCAAAGUCCGGACUCAAGGUCAGAGUUUAUGGCAUUGGUUGACGGAGCACAGGCCAACGGUGACUUGAUGUGGUUCUCCCUGACGCCCAAGUAUCUACAUGUCUCACCGAGAUGGAUGAUUAUCACUGAUCACAGAAAGAAAGUAACUUAUGCAGACAUCUUGCUAGCCUCAAUAGGCAGUCUAGCCUAUGCUGAAGAUGAUGGCAGGCACAUUCUGGGAGUCAAGACGACAAAAUGUGGUCAAGUAGGCAGCAGCUCUGUUGGCAAGGGAACCGAGGCGGCGGCAAUGCCGGAAGAGGGUAGUGAGUCUGAAGCCACCUACUGCUGUUAUGUGCUCGAGUGUGUCAGUGAGGCUAUGGUUCGUCAGAUAUGCACUUCGGUCAACACUCAGUUCCAGCUGCUCGCAGCUCAGCAGGAGGCGAAGGAGAGAGCAGAGCAAAGUCAAGUACAACAGCAGAUGAAACCAAUGAUGAUGAAACGACUAUCAACCGCCGAAGUAUCCAGAAAAUCUCCGCCUGGCUCUCCCCCGGAAAACAGUCCGACUCAUAAAACAUCAUCUGUCAAAUCGCAAUCUCCCAUGCAGCCCUCUCAAGAUGAGCCAAUGGAAAUGGACGAUGCAGCUGAUUUUGAUUACUCUAAUCAGGAGUCGAUUCUUCGAGACUGGAGCCCAAGCCUACAACCACCUUCCUCUCCGAAAAGCUCUGGUGACGUACUAGAAGAGAUUGGACGACAAUUUUUAGCAGUUACUAAAGAGCCUUCUCGACGACGCACGGUACAAGGCCCCAAUCUGAAACGGCUCAGUGUAGAACAAGCUCCUAACGUGGGAUCCAUAGGAAAGAAACAUGCAAAGAAUCGAGCAGCAGUAAAUCGCUCUAAAGCUCGAGCCGAGGAUGCUAUGUCUGUUGAUUCAGUCGAAUUGAUUCAGCCAUUGAAGAGAACUGAAACAAAGAAGCACGAUGGCAAUGUGGUCAAGCAGAAAUUAGAGGACGCAAGUGCAGUGCGUUUACCAGACUAUACGGGUCUCUCCUUGAUAAAAAACAAAUCACGGAACUCGGUACUCAAAGCUGACUUAUCUCCAAAGCAUACCCCAACAGAACCACCCCCACCGCCACCAUCAACAGUACCACCCCCACCAACAGUACCAGCCCCACCCCCUCCUCCUGCAAUUUUACCGCCCACAAAAGCACCUACCUCACCCACGAGAAAGGCUCCUCCACCCCCUGCAGUUGUUACGUCUAAAAAGGUAUCAUCUCCACCCCCCAAAACAGGACCAUCAAAGGCGUCACAACCUCCUGCAAAGGUUACACCCCCCACAGCUACCGUACCUCUGCAACGAGCACCACCACCCCCCACAGCCAUGCAGCAGUCACCAAGAGGACCCCCCACAGCAAUGGGAAUGCAACGAGCACCACCACCCCCCACAACCAUGCAGCAGCCACCAAGAGGACCCCCCACAGCAAUGGGAAUGCAACGAGCACCACCACCCCCCACAGCCAUGCAGCAGCCACCAAGAGGACCCCCCACAGCAAUGGGAAUGCAACGAGCACAACGGCCCCCCACAGCCAUACAGCAGCCACCAAGAGGGCCCCCCACAGCAAUGGGAAUGCAACGAGCACAACGGCCCCCCACAGCCAUACAGCAGCCACCAAGAGGGCCCCCCACAGCAAUGGGAAUGCAACGAGCACAACGGCCGCCCACAGCCAUGCAGCAGCCACCAAGAGGACUCCCCACAGCAAUGGGAAUGCAACGAGCACAACGGCCCCCCAUAGCCCUACAACAACCACCAAGAGGACAUCCCACUACAAUGGGAAUGCAACGAGCCCAACGGCCCCCCACAGCCAUGCAGCAGCCACCAAGAGGGCCCCCCACAGCUACCAUGGGAAUGCAACGAGCACAACGGCCCCCCACAGCUAUGCAACAGCCACCGAGAGGACCCCCCACCGCUACCAUGGGAAUGCAACGAGCACCACUACCCCCCAUAGCUAGUCAAUCCUCACCUGGAGCCCCACCACCACCACCGCCACCACUUGUUGGAGGACCACAAUCUCCUAUCACGAGAAUUAGGUUGAAUGACACCACACCCAAGAGCCCUGAUCGUUCUGUACUGCAUACCAGCAUCCUUCUGGAGACAAUGGAGGAGGGGGAGAUGGAGACAAGGAUUGAUGGAAAUGGUGGGAGUGCUUUCCUCAUUCAGACCACCAUGGGAGAGAAGGAAACAGUUCUCAUGGGUACGCCCACCACUCUCCUCUCUGCCAAUCAGCUCAAGAAGUACGAGGACGACACAGAGAGAGAGAAUAACAAGAAGAGCUCUGAGCCACCAGCCCCACCAGCCCCACCAGCCCCACCCACUCCGCCUCCUGGCAGGAAACCAUGGAAAGUUCAGAUUGGUGUUAAUGACACGCCUCGUAACCCCGCUCACAAGAAGUUCCUGGAUCAAGCUUUGAACGCCCUGGGGGUAUUCAUGCAUCGGCAAUUGAGGCAAGACUGGUUGUCCUACCAAAAAUGUAAAAUCGAUGUCGCCGGCUUCUGCAAAAAGACCAAGCUCACCUUCAGAGGAGCAAACUCUCAUCUCAGAGAGGGGGCAGUGGUGCUAGUGGACAAAGAAGACCAGAAAGACUUUGAAGAUAUUCUGGCAGGGAGAACUAUUGAACCAAAAGGCUCACUUCUCAAGCCAGCUCCACCCCCCACCGUCGAUAUCUCCUCAACAACUAAACCUGAUCUACGCAGAACCAAAACUGAUCCAUUCAAGGCAUUUAUUAGCAAUGCAAAGCCUGCACAACGACCACUCCCAACCGGAUCCGGUAACCUUGGUAGCAAACUAAAAAUGUUUGAGAGCAGUGCUGACAAAAAAAGACCAAGUUUCUCAUCCAAAGAUCUUCCAAAACCAGGCUCUAUUGCAAUGCUCAUAGGAAACAGAGAGAGUGGACAAACUGACUCUGACAAAACUGCUUUGCCGAGAAAGGGUGGUGGUGUUCUCUCGAGGAUUACUGCUUUUGAAACGGGUACCAGUUUCACAGCGCCAGUCGAGGAGGAGGAAGAAAAGACGAGUGAACAUGAGCCAGAGAAGCCAGCUGCACAGGAGAGUAGCGAGAGUGAGGAAGAUGCAAAGAAACGCCGUAAAGAUGAUAGGAGUUCACGCAAGGAGAAUCGAAAAGACAACUCUCGAGGACGUGACAGGAAAAAAUCAAAGAAAAGUGAUUCUGAUGAUGAGAAACAGAAGCAUAGAUCAAGAGACAGAAAAAAGAAAAAUUCAGAUGAGGAUAAACGUGGUCGCCGAGGCAAAAAACAUUACGAUAGCAGUGGCUCGAGCGAUGAGGACAAACACGAGAAAAACCGUAAGAAGAGGGAAGAAAAUCUUUCAAAUUCGUCAGAUUCGUCAGAUUCUUACUCAGACUAUUCCAAUCGUGAGAGGAAGUCAAGGCGUCAACGUCGAACUAAAGACAAUCACAAGAGAAAACCGGACACCACAGGUCUACAAGACAUACUCGAUGAAGGCAAAGGACUACUGCAUUCUCCGGCUGCUAAAACGAAAGACACAAUCGAUGCACUCACUAAGUUCCUCGAAUCCGAUGAAGAGGGGUACAUCCAGCAGACAAAAAACCUCCUAGGCAAUGUGAGUGGUAUUGGAAACCUCCCACAGUACUCCCAGACAACAGCUGCUCCUCAGAUGAUGCCUCCUCAGAUGAUGCAGCCAAUGAUGCAACCUGUCCAACCAAUGAUGCAACCCGUCCAACCAAUGGUAAUUAGUACGCCUGCACAAUUUGGUACGCAGCCUGCCUACCAAAUUGUACAAGCUCCACCUCAAGUGAUGCAGCCUCAAACUCAGUACAUGCAGGUGCAACCACCCCUACCCCCUCAAAAUGCCAUGCAAACGACUGCUCAAGUACCUUAUGUAAGUGCACAAGACAGCACUAUACUUGUGGGCGGUGCUCCAAUUGUUACGCAAGAGCAGCAACGAGUACCUACCCCACCUCAACCAGACUUUGAUGCGACUGACAACCAAAUAACAAGAUUCAGCGAAGAAUCCGAAAGCUCAAGUUCUUCCGAAGAAGAUGAUGAACCUCAAUUUCCAGAGGCCCAAAGCACUCCAGCCCCAACCCCUCAGCUUCCUCCUGGAGUACCAGCCCCACCCCCUCCCCCACCCAUAGUCGAGCCUGGCCCUGGUGAUCUACCUCCACCACCACCUCCUCAGCCAUUGCAACUGAGCAAUCCAGGGUUCCCAGUACCUAUGGGCCCAAAAACUUCUUCAGUACCAGCCCCACCCCCGCCACCACCAGCUGGUAUUCCAGCCCCACCCCCUCCACCACCAGCUGGUAUUCCAGCCCCACCCCCGCCACCACCAGCUGGUAUUCCAGCCCCACCCCCUCCACCACCAGCUGGUAUUCCAGCCCCACCCCCGCCACCACCUCCUGCCAAUGUACAUCAACAAAGGGAUGAUUUUCUGGAUAAAAUCAGAAGCGGAGUCAAACUAAAGAGUGCACCUGCAGGUAUUGCAGCCCCACAAAAGGAUGAAUUUCUGGAUGAAAUCAAAAGCGGAGUCAAACUGAAGAGUGCCUCCUCUAGACCCAUGAAAGAACCACUAAAAUCUGAACCAACACAAAAAGAAAAGUUUUUGGGUGAAAUAACAGCUGGCAAGGAGCUUCGAACAGUUUCAGCAGAAGAAAAAAACGUCCACAAACGGUCUAAGAAGAGAAGUUUGAUUCCCCUGGUUGCUGAAAUUGAGGAGACAGUUGAAAAUCGAAAGGGAGCGUACGAUAAAGAUGGAGAGGAGAGGUAUAACAGACACAGGAGGGACCGACCGAAGGACAAGGAUGAUCGCCAUGGAGAUGGUCAUCGCAGAAAGCAUGAAAAGGAUCGAAGUCAUGGGCACAAAGAAAGAAAAAACAAGCACAGCGACGAAGAACAGCACAAGAAACGUCGUGAUCGUCAUAGUGACGAAGAGGAGCACCCACGACACAAGAAAGUUGAUAAACGACGAGAGGAUGACUCUGAUGAGGAACAGAGGAGGGAAGAAAGAAGAGAAAGAGAUGAACGGAAGGAUAAGAAAAAACGAAAAGAUGAUGAGAGAGACAGAAAGCAUCACAGAGACGAACGUAAGGACGACAAACAGAGGAAGAUUUCAGACGAGAAAAGUCCACCUCAUGGGAGGAAACAAGAAAGAAAAGAUGAUGCACCUAAGAGAGUUACAAAGUAUCAGGGAAUUCCCCCUGAAGGUGACGCAAACGUUCCUUCAUGGAGGGCCAAUCUGAUGAAGAGGAAGGAGGAGAGAGAACGAGGGGAUCACUACCAGCCCGAGGAGGUGGCGUCCAUCUUGGACCCUGGCAGGCAGCCCACCAUAUCCCCACCAAAACUUGAGAGUGCUUCUAACGACUACGAUGAUGAAGAAACGCCGGCGUGGAGGAUAGCCAUGAAGAAGAGGAAAGAGGAACAGAUUUUGUUGCAGGCCCACGAAGCAGAGCUAAAGAAAGCACAAGAAGAAGCAAAGUUCGCUGGUGUACCAGAGUGGAAGAAAAAGCUGAUGAAGCAGAAAGAUGGAGAAAAACAACAGAAGGCAGCUGUGAUGAAUGCGCAGAUGGCUGAACGUAAUUCGAAACUAGCCGAGAUUGCAGCAAUGCCAGAAUGGAGGAGAAAGCUCUUUCUGGAGAAAAACCCUGAGUACAAGACUUAGGAACAAGCAUUUAUAGAUAGCUUAGUAACUAUAAUUAUGCAUGCAUGCCUCUUUUGUUUAAUAUUAUAUCUAGACAUUCCACAGUAGCUUUAUGUCAAUGGACAUUCUUAUGCUGAUUCCUGGAUUUAUAAUAGUACCAUUAUAACA